AUGGAGCUAUCUCUCCAAAUAUUAACACCUCUUUCUCUAUUCACUUCUGUAGUGGUCUUUCUCUACUACGUUUACGUUUUACUCGGAUUUAAGACAGCAAAAAAGAGCACAACUACACAUCAGGAGGCUCCAGAGCCGUCCGGCGCAUGGCCAAUCAUUGGCCACCUCCACCUUCUUGGUGGCGAGGACCAACUUCUCUACCGAACCCUUGGGGCCAUGGCCGACAAACAUGGUCCGGUGUUCAACAUCCGGCUCGGAACUCGCCGUGCAUUCGUUGUCAGUAGUUGGGAAGUGGCGAAAGAGUGCUUCACCAUCAACGACAAGGCGCUCGCCUCGCGGCCCACCACUGUAGCGGCCAAGCACAUGGGCUACAACUACGCCGUCUUUGGUUUCGCGCCGUACAGCCCCUUCUGGCGCGAAAUGAGGAAGAUUGCCACGCUAGAACUCCUCUCCAACCGCCGCCUAGAGAUGUUCAAGAACGUCAGGAUUUCAGAGAUUAGCGUCGGGAUUCAAGACCUGUACAGUUCAUGGGUUCAGAACGGUUCGCGUCCAGUUCUCGUGGAGUUGAAUCGUUGGUUAGAAGAGGUGACUCUUAAUAUGGUGGUGAGAAUGGUGGCGGGAAAACGUUAUUUCGGGGCAUCAGCCGCGAGCGAGGAUAGCGGCGAAGCAAGACGGUGCCAGAAGGCAAUAAGUGAGUUCUUUCGUUUGAUUGGGAUAUUUGUGGUUUCGGAUGCGCUGCCGUUUCUAUGGUGGUUGGAUUUGCAGGGCCAUGAGAAAGCAAUGAAGAAGACGGCUAAGGAGUGGGAUAGCAUACUAGAAGGGUGGCUUGAGGAGCAUCGAAAGAAGAGGGCUUGUCGAAAGGGCAAAGCCGAAGAGGACCAGGACUUUAUUGACGUUAUGCUCUCUCUUCAGGAUGAAGGAGGCCUCUCCAAUUUUCAGUAUGAUCCCGCAACCAGCAUCAAGUCUACCUGUCUGGCACUUAUACUAGGAGGGAGCGACACCACAGCAGGGACUGUAACAUGGGCGAUCUCAUUACUAAUGAACAAUACUCGAGUGUUGAAAAAGGUACAAGAAGAGUUAGACCUCCACGUGGGCAGGGAUCGGCAAGUUGAGGAUUCUGACAUUAAAAAUCUGGUCUACCUUCAAGCUAUUGUAAAAGAAACCCUUCGCCUGUACCCAGCUGGGCCCCUCCUAGGGCCCAGGGAAGCCUUGGAAGAUUGCACCGUAGCGGGGUACCACGUUCCAGCUGGCACUCGCUUAGUGGUUAAUGUGUGGAAGAUUCAAAGAGACCCGAGGGUUUGGUCAAACCCUGAGGAAUUUGAACCGGAGAGGUUUCUCACAAGCCAUGCCCACGUGGACAUGAGAGGUCAGCAGUUCGAACUCAUUCCAUUCGGGUCGGGUCGUCGGUCAUGUCCCGGCGCGUCGUUUGCACUCCAAGUGCUCCACCUGACGCUCUCUCGUUUACUUCAAGGGUUCGAGUUCAAGAAUCCGUUGCGUGGGCCUGUUGACAUGGGUGAAAGCCCAGGUUUGACUAUUCCUAAGGCCACCCCACUGGAGGUUCUUUUGACUCCUCGUCUCUCCCGUGAGCUCUAUGGACUUUAGCAAGGGUUGGAAGUUAAUAGAAUAAAGGUCAUUUAGGUGAUCUGAUUAGUAGACUCUUAUUGAUUAUCUAUUAUGUUUAUGAUCAUUACGCAAAGCUUUUUUCUAAAAGAACUCAUGAU